UUGUCUGCUGCUGUGGUGCUGCGAUUUUGGAUUAGGAACAUCUCUUUCAUUUGAAGCCUGGGAUGGCUGAUUGAUUGCUAGUAUAUUUGAACAAUUGAACUUUCAGUUUUGAACCUUGUCCCAACUCCCAAACUCCCAAUUUGAACCUUGUGAAGCAUUGCCAGUUAGAAGUUUCCUACUUUCAUAUGUUAAGCACAUUCAAUUUAUAGCCAAUUUUAUGAAUUUAUGAAAUUAUACUUAUAUCUGCUAUAUAUUAUCUAAUAGUAGUUUAGAACUACAUGAAAUUAAACAUAUCAAAAUUAGGCUUUGGGUUGUAAAAUUUUCUUAUUCCUUCACAUUUCGAAUACCUAACCUCAAAAUCAUUGGCUUGUCCCUGACAAGGAAGGAACACAACUUUUCCCAUUUUUAGGAAGGAACAUAGUUGGUCGCCCUAAAUUUCGUUAGAACACACACACUAGUAGCAGAGAGGGAGAGAUAGAGAGAGAGACUGAGUUGGCACAAGACUUGUUUUAUGGAUAGGUAUAUCUCAAAUACGAGGAGGUAUAUACCUCUCCAAGGAUGGGAGAAAAUCUCUAUAAUAUUUGCAUAUUUUAACUUGCUUGUUAAGUUAGCUGACUAUUGUUGUUAUAAGACUCUAUUGUUAUAUUUCUAAUUUUGUAUAGCCCUUUCACUAACUUUGAACUUGUGUAUAAAAUUUUGGUAUGUGAUGUUAACCUGCAAUUUUGAAGUAGGACUACCCAAGGAAAAAUUCCUAGCUAUACCACUGUUUGCCAUGGCGCCUGCCGGCUUCUUCGACCUCAGCAUCCUCCCCGACGACUCCAAAUCUACCACCACCAACACUAGCGUAGUCGCCCGUGCCCUUGACCUCGGCUACUCCGCGGUCGCGCUUGAUCACCCUCACCGUGGCCUACUCACUGACUCCCAUGCACCUAUUGCCUCCUCUCUCCGGGUGUCACCCUCCGCCUCCCUCCACCGCCGUCGACAUCCCUUCCUACAAUACACGCGCAUCACCCUCUCCCUCGACUCCGCUGCCGCCUGCGCCUCCGCCCUGGCCCCCUCUGCCGCUCGCCUCCUUCGCACCUAUGACAUCGUCGCCGCGCGGCCGCUCACCCAAGCCGCCUUCGACCACCUCUGUCAGGCCACAUUUGACCACCUCAAUAUUGUCUCCAUCGACUUUUCCCACAAGCUGUCCUUCCGCCUCAAGCUCCCCAUGCUCAAGCUUGCACUGCAGAAGGGCCUGCACUUGGAGAUCGCCUAUUCUCCCCUCAUCGCUGAUGCCGCUUCAAGGAGACAGGCCAUAGCCGAAGCCAAGCUCUUGGUGGAGUGGACUAAAGGAAAGAAUCUCAUCAUAUCAAGUGCUGCUCACACUGCUUCUGAAAUUAGAGGACCCUAUGAUGCCAUAAACUUAUCUUCUUAUUUGCUUGGCCUUUCUACCCAACGAGCCAAAGCUGCUCUAUCCGUCAACUGCAGGUCACUGGUUUCCAAGGCUCUGAGGAAAAAGCACUUCUACAAGGAAACCAUUAGAAUCGACAGGCUGUUACCAAAUAGGCAGUUGAAUUCAGCAGACUUCAAGCUUGCUGACUGGAUUAGUUGGGAUCCUAUGCCUCAUGAAGUAGAUCUGCUAUCUUUGGAAUUGCCAGCUUACAAAGGAGAACCACAAUCUCUUGAUAUAAAUCCAGAACCUUCUGCCAAUGAAGAUGAUUGAACUACUGCAUUUACCUUAUGAUGGUGAUGAGUCCCUCUUUGUCGAGCAGCAAGAGCAGUUAAGCCAUGGCAACGAAAUCCUAUUCCCAGUUGAAACUCAAGAAGGGCCUGUGCAAGUUAGCAGAGUGAAGUCUUAUGACUUGUGUAUUGUCUGAAGAAUAGGUAAAUUUUUUGUUUGUUCUUGAGAGCGAGAACACAAUUCUCUUGUACCACAUUCCAAUCCAUCUCAGAUAUUGCAAUUUUGGUUGCUACUUAAAUAGUUACACAUUGUUCAUUCUUCCGCUAUGAAAGAUCGGACCAUCUACAUCGAUCGAUCAUGAGUUUUGAUCUA